UAGUUCCUUGCCGCCUCUGCUUCCCAACACUGCCCCGCCGCCGCCGCCGCCGCCUUCAGGUGUUGACAGACGCUGCCUCUCCCGCCACUCACUCAUCACCGCGCCAGGACCACCAAACACCAAAACACCCAAAACAACCAAGACAACCCCAAGAACAACCAUAAAAACAACAACAGGACACCCCGAAGAAAUACCCCGAGGAACAAAGUAGUUCCCCCGUAAACCACACCACAGAAAACCAGGAACAAGUAAUUAAAGAAAACAAAUACAUAAAACCGGGGACUCCAUUAGAAUUCUGGUCCUCUUCCUUCACUGUCAUGGCGUGGCUGAGCACUGAAUUUUACUUCUAUAAGGGGAGCGCUCCGUGUCGCGCCGUGUGGAUGACGCUCAAGAUGCUCAAUGUGGAGUACGAGGCUAAGGAAGUGGAUCUCCUGAAGGCUGAGAACAAGCGGCCAUGGUUUUUGAGGAUGAACCCCCAACACACUGUCCCAACCUUCAAUGACCACAGCUUUAUUCUGUGGGAAAGCCGCGCCAUUAUGAUGUACCUAAUGAACAAAUACGCCACGGAGGAGAACCAGUAUCUGUACCCGAAGGAGCCUGAGGAGAGGGCGAAGGUGGACCGCAUGUUAUUCUUCGACAUGGGAACGCUCUACCACUCGAUCAAGGAGUACUUUGCCCCCAAGAUAUACGACGGCCCCCCGGACCCAGAGAAGGAGAACCUGCUGAAGACAAGCCUGGAUCACCUGGACCACUUCCUGGAGAUCGGUGGCGUGCCUUACCUGUGCGGGGAGAGGAUCACUCUCGCUGACGUGGCUGUCCUCGCCUCCGUCACUGAGCUGGACGCUAUGGAAUACAACUACAGGUGUUACGGGGAGUUCAACAGAUGGGUGGAGCGAGUGAAGGCCGCCAUCAAGCCUUACAAGGAGUGCUGCGAGGAGGGCGUGCGGAUGACCAAAGACCGCACCAAGUUCCUGGAGACUGAGGCCAAGAAGCAGAUGGAGAAGGAACGCAAGGCUUCCCUCCCCAAGAAGUAAAACAAAGACACGGCGACGAGGAAUGGCGGGUGGCGGGAAGGAAGGAUGGGGACUGAAAGAGUUACUGUUAUAUCACGUAUGGAAAAAGAAAAAAAUAUAGACAGGGAUGUUAUUUCUAUUGAUGUUAUAAAGUGUGUGUUGAUUAUUUUUCCCGGCGCGUUGUUGUCUAGAAGCCGCCGCCCUCCCGCGCAGACUCGGAGCGCAAAGAUGUCGUGGGUAACGCUGCGCAGUGUCGAGAUGGAGGCCUGCGCAGCACGUAGCACAAAGGAACAAUAGUAUCAUGAGGUUGAGUUCCCAGUCUGAUCUAUCACCGGAGAGGGAGAGAUACAAGCAUAAAAAAGGCCUUGCUGUUAGUAGUAAUAUUUCAAAAGGGAAUGAAGUAAUUUGUUUGCGCCUCUGUAGAUGACUAAUUGUUGUGAGGACGCUUUGUUGCAGUCUCGCGGAACUAUUAAUCGGUAGCCAUUGCGGUGGUGAGCCAUGUGUUGUGUUCUACCUUCUGUUUGUUACUCUCAUGUGUUUCUUCUUGGCUUUCCGUGUUUCUGAGGGCUUCAUCUUGCUUCCUUUCCUUCCUGAGAGAGAGAGUGCAUAAAUGGCCCCACAACAGGGAGAUCAUAUGACGCAUUCUUAUGUUAUUUACAAGAAAGACGUUUAAUCUCUAAUGGUAUGAAUGUCAUUACUAAUAAUACGCUGAGAAACUUUCCUUUUUAUUCCCGGUAUACAAAAAAAAAAAAACUGACUUCCUUUAGUAACUUGUUAAGAAGCCAAUUUCACCGUCAAUAUUAAUGUAUAGUAUCGUAUCCCUUGCGUGGAUCGACCAAUCACAAGCUAGGAUUUCGUCUCGACCAAUGGGAGUUGUCUAGGUGGUCUUUAAUUCAGUGCUUCCGUAGCCGUGGGAGGAGAAGUAUGGUGUAACAGUGUGCCUGGUUGAUAGUGCCUUCAGAUACCACCCACUCGUGUACAAGGUUAUCAUAAGGGUAUUAUGAAGCGACGAGGAAAGACUUGGAUGUGUGUCUCAAGCUAUUGUGAGGUGAACUGUCUCGAGCAGGUAAUGUUUCGAAGCUUCAAUCUCACCUCGCAUUACUUUCCUUUACAUCUUCGUAAAUUUGCACGUGAGGUUAAUAUUCGUUGUGAAGAAAGGUUAUAUUCAUCACACAACGUGACGUAAUGCUUCCCACACCAAUAAUUAGCGUCAUUAUCAUCAAAACGACACAAGGCGAAGAUUGUAAGUCAUUCAUUGCGAGGCGGAAGGUUAACUGUUCGGUGAGUUGGUGUGAUUGAGGGAGGCGUCACGUGCAGUUGGUUCUCAGAGUGGUGGAGGAGUGGAAUGGCCGCGGUAAUGGGGUUGUUAGUGGAGUCAUUAGAAAGGUUUGAAAGAUUAGACAGUUGAUAGGCUGAAAGAUAGGUAGGCUUGAUAUGUAUAGGCCUAAUGGCUUUUUGUGGCUUUCCUUAAUUUUUUAUUUUCGUUUUAUUUUAUUUUAUUUAUUUAUUAUUUUUUUCUAAUGCAGUCACGAGGUAGCGCCAUCACCAGUACCACCACCACCACCACCACCAAUGCACCAGUUAUCACCACAUGUUUCAGUUAUAAUCACCACCACUUGAUUGUUACUUUCACCAACACGUCAUUACUUCCUACCUGCUCCGUUAUGAUCCGUAAUGGCUAGUUAUCACCUACAUAAUUGCACAUCACAGCUCGUUAACUCGUCUCCCUGUUGAAAGGUGAUGCGGUAUUACUGUUAUGAGAACUCGGAACUUAAUACCGUUAUUGCGUUCACGAAUGAGAUAAAAAGAAAAAAUACCGUGUCAUCAUAUUUGGUUGGGAGUGAAAGGAGGAGAGGCUUGAUCACUGGAGAACAGACAGGAAACACGUGCGGAUCUCCACCACGGCACUGUUGACACGCGCGUCAUCUAUUGAAUGAAAGACACAUUACAAUCAUUUCUCUUUUUCUAUAACACUAGAGCACCUCACCUCCACUACUUCCCAAAGGCUCUGACUGAAAUGACACGUAUUUCUAAGGAUGUUUCUAUUGUUCUAGUGACAGAUUAACAUUUUUUCUACAUUAUGAACAGGAGAAGCACUCUUGAGAACGCGGCUAAUCAUCUUAGUGGCCUUUUGGAAGUAGUGGUGAAAGAGCAGAGCGUUUGUAAAUACGUGUCUUGAAAUCCCCCAUGUGUACUGAAUAGCCGUAAGCCAGUCGGUCAUCCUAAUGUGUUGGAAGUUUACACAGGAAUUCAGGAACAGAGUGAGGGAGAGAUGGAGAAGGAGGAACUGUUUUUGUCUUAACCUUGAGCCUUUCUAUACAACGUCAGUGUAUAUGGAAAUAAGGAAAUAUAUUUACGAGAAACUAUACUCGCCCAAAAGUGGCCUUAAAAAAAAAGUGUAUGUGUGUGUGUAUGUUUGCGUGUGUGUGUGUGUGUGCGUUGACUUUUUUCUUCCUUACUAAUGCCGUUUGGUUGUUGUGCUCAGCGUUUUAUCUCAGCGACGUGUGUACAUAAGAGGAAUAUAUAGAUACAUACAUACAUACGUACAUCCUUGGAGCCUCGCCCGGCCGCCGCAUGCGUUUGUUGAUCAGUAUAUGUAAUAGUUUAUCAAGAACGUUGUGGAUUUUGUUGCUUCUCAGUUGUGUGUGAAAUAAACUGAUUCUCUGAUGCCC